CCCUGCUACCCACCUCUGCCUCCUGCAAGACCACACCAGAGAGCUGGGCGCAAGAUGAACCAGCACACUGUCGGCUCAAGAUGCACCAGACCCUCCAACUGAACCCCGAGAGCCCGAAAAUGUCUGCGUGCAGCGACUUUGUGGAGCACAUCUGGAAGCCCGGGUCCUGCAAGAACUGCUUCUGCCUGCGGAGUGACCACCAGCUGGUGGCCAGCCAUCCCCAGCCCCGAGCCGGCAGCCUGCCCCCUCCACCGCGCCUGCCCCCCAGGCCUGAGCACUGCCGCCUGGAAGAUGAAGGUGUGAACAGCUCACCCUACUCCAAGCCCACCAUCGCCGUGAAGCCCACCAUGAUGAGCUCCGAAGCCUCUGAUGUGUGGACAGAGGCCAACCUCAGUGCCGAAGUCUCACAGGUCAUCUGGAGACAAGCCCCCGGCAAGCUCCCCCUCCCGAAGCAGGAGGACGUGCCCAUAGUCUACCUGGGCAGUUUCCGCAGCGUGCAGAAGCCCGCUGGUCCCUCGGCCUCCGCCGACGGCAGCGCGCGCUGUCCCCCGGCCUAUGCCAUGGUCGGCCUGCACAACCUCGAUGCCCGGGGGGAAAGGAGCAUGGCCUUCCACCCAGUGAACUUCCCGGAUGAUAAGGGCAGGCGAGAAGAUAAACCUUCAGUUCCCUACCAAGACCUGCCCUCCGCUCAGGAAAGCUUCCGCCAGAAACUGGCUGCUUUUGCUGGGACAACAUCUGGCUGUCACAAGGGCCCCUCUCAGCCCUUACGGGAGUCGCUGCCCUCAGAGGAUGACAGUGAUCAAAGGUGCUCACCCUCCGGAGACAGCGAAGGCGGAGAGUACUGCUCCAUCCUGGACUAUUGCCCCGGGAGCCCCGUUGCCAAGGACGCCUCCCAGGCAGAGGGCCACCGGGGCAGACGUGGCGGAGGGGACUGCUCGCCGACAUGCUGGGAACCGGGAACGUGUGCCCGGCCCGCUGAGGACAAGAAGAGGGUUCUGAGCUUCCCCAGGGAGUGCUGUAGCCAGGGCCAGCCUGCCAACCCAACCUGCUUGGGCCCCAAGAAGCCGUCUCUCACUUUGGAGGCUGCCACUUCUUCCGAUGGCCUCUCCUGCGGCAGUGGCAGCAGCCGGGCCAGCAGCCCCUGUGCCCCCCACCUGGAGAGCGAUUACUGCUCUCUCAUGAAGGAACCCACGCCAGGGAAGCAGCAGGACGCUGGCUGCCACGGAGUGACCUCUAGCAGAUGCCUUGGGCUGGCAGGAGAGCCCCCGCCCCCAGCCCACCCCAGGGAGGCUGCACAGCCUGAACCCAUCUAUGCUGAGAGCACCAAGAGGAAGAAGGCAGUUCCGGUGCCUUCUAGGCCACAGGCUAAAGCAGAACAAGCACCAGCUGCCCAGGCCCAGGGCCAGGGCCGUACAGGUAACAGCGUAUGGUCUCAGAAAACAGCACCUGGCUGGGGCCGGGAUAGCCCAGACCCAGCUCCCCAGGUGGCGACCACCAUCACUGUCAUGGCGGCCCACCCAGAGGAGGACCAUCGGACCAUCUACCUGAGCAGCCCGGACUCUGCGGUGGGGGUGCAGUGGCCACGCGGGCCUGUGAGCCAGGACUCCGAGGUGGGUCAAGAGGAGACUUCGGCUAGGCAAGGGCUGAGCUCCAGGGAAAGCCGUGCUCAGGAUGCCAGCAGGAACACACCCAAGGGCAGGCCCGCCAUUCCCCCCAAGCUGUCCAAGAGCAGCCCUGGAGGGUCCCCGGUGUCACCCUCUGCCUCCCCACUGGCUGACCUCAGUGAGGGGAGCUCUGGUGGUGGUGGUGGUGGCGUUGGGCCCCAGCCUGCAUCCAGAGGCCCCACUGACCCUGCUUCUUCCUGCCGGACCAACGGUGACCCUGCCCGCUGUCCCCCGCCUGCUUCUGCCUCCUCCUCUUCCACCUUGGACCAGAGGCGGCCCAGGUUCCAGACGGGCACCUGGAGUCGUCAGUGCCGGAUAGAGGAGGAGGAGGAGGUGGAGCAGGAAUUGCUGAGUCAAAGCUGGGGAAGAGAGAUGAAAAAUGGCACCAUGGACCAUUCCCACUCCACAACCUGGCACCGUCUCCACCUCACUGACGGCUCCUCUGGGCAGAACAGUAAAGUGGGCACCGGGAUGAGCAAAUCGGCCUCUUUUGCCUUUGAGUUCCCCAAGGACAGAAGUGGGAUUGAGACAUUCUCACCUCCGCCCCCACCUCCAAAAUCCAGGCACCUUUUAAAAAUGAACAAGAGCAGCUCUGAUUUGGAGAAAGUGAGCCAGGGCUCUGCAGAGAGCCUCAGCCCAUCCUUCAGGGGCGUCCACGUCAGCUUCACCACUGGCUCCACGGACAGCCUGGCCUCAGACUCCAGGACCUGCAGCGAUGGAGGUCCGUCGUAUGAGCCGGCUCACUCGCCCACCAUCAGCGGGAAGAAGCUCUUUGCUCCCGUUCCAUUCCCUUCGGGCUCCACUGAGGAUGUGUCCCCCGGUGGGCCCCUGCAGCCCCCGCCUCUCCCCCAGAAAAAGAUAGUGAGCCGCGCAGCCUCCUCCCCGGAUGGCUUCUUCUGGACCCAGGGCUCGCCCAAGCCCCGGACAGCAAGCCCCAAGUUGAACCUAAGCCACUCGGAAACCAACGUCCACGACGAGUCUCACUUUAGCUAUUCCUUUAGCCCCGGGAACCGCCACCGUCACGGCUUCUCCUCUUCCGAGCCCCUGGAGAAAGCUUUCAAAGGCAGUGGCCACUGGGUCCCCGCGCCGGGGCUGGCGGGCAACAAAAGCAGCUGCGGGAGCCCCGGCCUGCAGUGCAAAGGGGCCGCCUCCGCCUCGUCCUCCCAGCUGAGCGUGUCCAGCCAGGCCUCCUCUGGCAGCGCCCAGCUGCAGCUCCACAGUCUCCUGAGCAGCAUCAGCAGCAAGGAGGGGACCUACGCCAAGCUGGGGGGCCUCUACACCCAGUCCCUGGCCCGCCUCGUGGCCAAGUGCGAGGACCUCUUCAUGGGCGGCCAGAAGAAGGAGCUCCACUUCAACGAGAACAACUGGUCGCUCUUCAAGCUGACUUGUAACAAGCCCUGCUGUGACUCGGGGGAUGCCAUUUACUACUGUGCCACCUGCUCCGAGGACCCCGGCAGCACCUAUGCUGUGAAAAUCUGCAAAACCCCUGAGCCCAAAACGGCCUCCUACUGCAGCCCGUCCGUGCCGGUGCACUUCAACAUCCAGCAGGACUGCGGCCACUUCGUCGCCUCGGUGCCCUCCAGCAUGCUCACCUCUCCGGACGCGCCCAAGGACCCUGCGCCCGCCCCGCCCUCACAGCCGCCUGCCCAGGAGCAGGACUGCGUGGUGGUCAUCACCCGGGAGGUGCCCCACCAGACCGCCUCCGACUUCGUGCGGGACUCGGUGGCCAGCCACCAGGUCGAGCCCGAGGCUUACGAGCGGCGCGUGUGCUUCCUGCUCCUGCAGCUCUGCAACGGGCUGGAGCACCUGAAGGAGCACGGCAUCAUCCACCGCGACCUGUGCCUGGAGAACCUGUUGCUGGUGCACUGCGCGCCGCAGGCCGCCCCUGCCACCAACGCCCCUCCCGCGUCCGUCCCCGCCGCCCCGGGCCCCUCUGCCACCGUCCCAGCCGGGGCCACUCCCAGCCCGGCAGCCGGCCCCGCCGCCGAGGGAGCGCCCGGGGAAAAGCAGCUGCCCCGGCUCAUCAUCAGCAACUUCCUGAAGGCCAAGCAGAAGCCGGGCGGCACCCCCAACCUGCAGCAGCAGAAGAGCCAGGCCCGGCUGGCCCCCGAGAUCGUGUCCGCCUCCCAGUACCGCAAGUUCGAUGAGUUCCAGACCGGCAUCCUCAUCUACGAGCUGCUGCACCAGCCCAACCCGUUCGAGGUGCGGGCCCGGCUGCGGGAGCGGGACUACCGGCAGGAGGACCUGCCCCCGCUGCCCGCGCUGUCGCUCUACUCGCCGGGCCUGCAGCAGCUGGCGCACCUGCUGCUCGAGGCCGACCCCAUCAAGCGCAUCCGCAUCGGCGAGGCCAAGCGCGUGCUGCAGUGCCUGCUGUGGGGGCCCCGGCGCGAGCUGGUGGAGCCCCCCGCCGCCUCGGAGGAGGCGCUGUGCGGCACCCUGCACAACUGGAUCGACGUGAAGCGGGCCCUGGUGAUGAUGAAGUUUGCGGAGAAGGCGGUGGACCGCAGGCGGGGCGUGGAGCUGGAGGACUGGCUUUGCUGCCAGUACCUGGCGUCCGCGGAGCCCGGGGCCCUGCUCCAGUCGCUGAAGAAGAAUGCCAUGGGAGCUACCCUGUUCUGCUGUGACUAUUCUCACGUGUGGCGCUUCCAGGAGCUACGAGGCAUGUUUAAAACGCAACAAGGGAUACUGGGGUCUCUAAUGGUACCAGGCCUAGAAGCAGUGUCUCACAGUGGAAAUGCCGAUUUUAGAGGCAUCGUGUUCAAGGAGCACAGAAACCAGAGAGCCCUGGUGGAAAAUACGGCCGCCCAGAAGUCCCUGGGGAAGAAGGCCGGCUGA